CUUCUCCCAUUCCUCAUUUCAAUUCCACACACACAACCACACAACACACUUUUCUUCUCUCUAUACUCUGUUUUUUUUAAAUGGGUUAUGACGAUUUAUGCAACACGGGCCUCGUUUUGGGGCUGGGAUUCUCCUCUUCCACCGCCAAAAAGCCCUCCAAAAACCUCGAUUAUUCUACCAAAACCGCCCAGCCAUCACUGACCCUCGGCCUCUCCGGCGAGACCUACGAUCUGAUCCUGAAAAAAUCCGAUUCCGGAGGAAUAUUCAACGAUCGUCACUCCGCCGACCUCUACAGGCAGGACAGCGCCGCCUCGUCCUUCUCCAACGUCAGCGUGAAGAGAGAGAGGGAGAUCGGGAGCGAGGAGGUCGAGAUCGAGAGAGUCUCCUCCAGAGCUAGCGAUGAAGACGACGAUGGCGCCAAUGGCCGGAAGAAACUCAGGCUCACCAAAGCGCAGUCGGCUCUUCUCGAGGAAAGCUUCAAGCAGCACAGCACUCUCAAUCCUAAACAAAAGCAGGAUCUAGCUCGUGAAUUGAAGCUCAGGCCGCGACAGGUCGAGGUGUGGUUCCAGAAUCGCAGAGCCAGAACUAAGCUUAAGCAAACGGAAGUAGACUGCGAAUUCCUGAAGAAAUGCUGCGAGACGCUGACGGAUGAGAACCGACGCCUGCAGAAGGAAUUGCAGGAGCUGAAGGCGCUGAAAUUAGCUCAGCCGCUUUACAUGCAGCUGCCGGCGGCGACGCUCACCAUGUGCCCUUCCUGUGAGAGGAUCGGCGGCGCCGCUGCCGAAACCGCCGCCAAGAGCUCGUUUGUUAUGGCGCCGACGAAGCCUCAUUUUUAUAAUCCCUUCACCAAUCCGUCGGCAGCUUGCUGAUCGAAUGAAAAAGGAGUAAAAAAAAAUAUAUAAAAAAAUGGAAAACGGUAGUAUAUACGUGAAAAAAGAUGGAAGCAUUCCCACGACCCUGUUUUUAUUCGGUUAAGGGCUUGUAGAAAAAGCAAGAUAUAUAUGUUCAUCUAAUUUACAGAAAUUAGGAAAUUACUAAUCAUGUUUUCUUUUAGUAUUACUUUUUUUUUUCUUCCCCACCUCACUUGAGUGUGUGUAAUAGUUGUAAAUUGUACUAGUAAUUUAUUUUAUUUAAGAUAUAUUUGAAGGGAUUAUUGUUUUUA